AAUGAGUGACAUUUCCAAUGAAAAAGGAAGCUUAACGAAAGCUAGCAAACAAAAGCCUAGGCCAUAAUUUAAGGCAUAUAAUAUACACAAAAUUUGCUAGCGUUUCCACCAUUAUAUUAACCUUGACUUCCAAGGUAGCCCCUAUGUCGAUACCAUAACCCCUUUUUGUUUCUUCAUUGCAUUUGCCGGUUUACUUUGGCUUCUUUCUUGCAGCAUUUCAUCCUAUAUUUUUUAUUUUCUUCUUGAAUCCCUCAAACCCUUCCAACUUUUUCUUCUUCUGUCAACGUGAACUAAGAUUCUACAGAUUCUUCCUUUGAAAGAAUGAACUUGAAACAAUACUGUUGUUUCCUCAAAGAUGAAGGUCUAAACAAAAUACAGGUUUCCAACAAGAAGAACAGUAGGGACUAUCCAUGGGAAAUGUACACUUUGAAGGAGUUGCUUCGUGCAACAAACAACUUUCAUCAAGAUAAUAAGAUUGGAGAGGGUGGAUUUGGAAGUGUUUAUUUUGGUCGAACAAGUAAAAGCGUUCAGAUUGCAGUGAAGCGAUUGAAGACAAUGACUGCAAAGGCAGAGAUGGAGUUUGCAGUGGAAGUGGAAGUGUUAGGAAGAGUGAGGCACCAGAAUUUGUUGGGAUUGAGGGGAUUCUAUGCAGGAGGAGAUGAAAGGUUGAUUGUGUAUGAUUACAUGCCUAACCAUAGCUUGUUAACUCAUUUGCAUGGUCCACUUGCUAAGGAAUGUCAGCUAGAUUGGCCUAGAAGAAUGAGCAUAGCAAUUGGAGCUGCUGAAGGUUUAGCGUAUCUGCACCAUGAAUCAACUCCUCACAUCAUACACAGAGAUAUAAAGGCAAGCAAUGUUCUUCUAGACCCUGAAUUCCAAGCCAAGGUUGCUGAUUUUGGUUUUGCAAAGCUGGUACCGGAUGGUGUGACCCAUCUUACCACAAAAGUUAAGGGCACCCUAGGAUAUUUGGCACCAGAAUACGCCAUGUGGGGGAAGGUUUCUGAGAGCUGUGAUGUUUACAGCUUUGGAAUUUUACUUUUGGAGAUUAUUAGUGCCAAGAAACCAAUUGAGAAAUUCCCAGGAGGAGUGAAAAGGGACAUUGUUCAAUGGGUCACUCCAUAUGUCAACAAAGGUCUCUUCAACAACAUUGCGGAUCCAAAGUUGAAGGGGAAAUUUGAUUUGGAGCAAUUGAAAAAUGUUACCACCAUAGCUCUUAGAUGCACCGAUAGUAGUGCGGAUAAGAGGCCUAGCAUGAAAGAGGUGGUGGAUUGGCUCAAGAAUGGUGUAGGGAGCACUUGGGGAGAAGAGAAUAUUCCAACUUUAAGUAUCAAGAAUGGAGACGAAGGAAAUGACAAAGAUGACAAAUUAAAAAAUAACUAGUGAUAUGUAUAAAGUGAUAUCAAUUUGUUUGUUUUUUAUUUUGGUUUAUUUGUGAAAUGAGACUGACGUUUAUUUAUAUUUCAGAAAAAUUAAGGUAUCUUUACGGCAGUAA